ACUUGUGGCUUUGCCGCUCUAGCCCCUGGCGGAGCCAGCUGCCGCUCUCCGGUGCCGGCCGCGGUGCCUGCCCGGUUGCCCAGGGAACGGGCUCCCGGCAGCCCCCGCGGCCCGGAGUCCAUCCCUGCCUCCUCCGGCCCGGCUGGGCCGACGAGUCCGGAGGGGCUGCCGCGGGAGCCCCUAGGUUUCCCUAGAUGACAAAUAAACAUUCCUUUUCCUGCCUGAAGAUCAUCUGUGGGAACCUUGGCCAUGGCAUCAACAUCUGAGCCUGUUAUAUUCAGAGAGUUCUGCCCGUUGUACUAUCUUCUCAAUGCCAUUCCAACAAAGAUCCAGAAGGGUUUCCGUUCCAUCGUGGUCUACCUCACGGCCCUCGACACCAACGGUGACUACAUCGCGGUGGGCAGCAGCAUCGGCAUGCUCUAUCUGUACUGCCGGAACCUCAACCAGAUGAGGAAGUACAACUUUGAGGGGAAAAUGGAAUCUAUCACUGUGGUGAAGCUGCUGAGCUGCUUUGAUGACCUGGUGGCAGCAGGCACAGCCUCUGGCAGGGUUGCAAUUUUUCAACUUGUGUCUUCAUUGCCAGGGAGAAAUAAACAACUUCGGAGAUUUGAUGUCACUGGUAUUCACAAAAAUAGCAUUACAGCUCUGGCUUGGAGCCCCAAUGGAAUGAAAUUGUUCUCUGGAGAUGACAAAGGCAAAAUUGUUUAUUCUUCUCUGGAUCUAGACCAGGGGCUCUGUAACUCCCAGCUGGUGUUGGAGGAGCCGUCUUCCAUUGUGCAGCUGGAUUACAGCCAGAAAGUGCUGCUUGUCUCUACUCUGCAAAGAAGUCUGCUCUUUUACACUGAAGAAAAGUCUGUAAGGCAAAUUGGAACACAACCAAGGAAAAGUACUGGGAAAUUUGGUGCUUGUUUUAUACCAGGACUCUGUAAGCAAAGUGAUCUAACCUUGUAUGCGUCACGGCCUGGGCUCCGGCUGUGGAAGGCUGAUGUCCACGGAACUGUUCAAGCCACAUUUAUCUUAAAAGAUGCUUUUGCCGGGGAAGUCAAGCCUUUUGAACUGCACCCGCGUCUGGAAUCCCCCAACAGGGGAAGUUGCAGCUUACCUGAGAGGCAUCUGGGGCUUGUUUCCUGUUUCUUUCAAGAAGGCUGGGUGUUGAGUUGGAAUGAAUAUAGUAUCUAUCUCCUAGACACAGUCAACCAGGCCACAAUUGCUGGUUUGGAAGGAUCCGGUGAUAUUGUGUCUGUUUCAUGCACAGAAAAUGAAAUAUUUUUCUUGAAAGGAGAUAGGAACAUUAUAAGAAUUUCAAGCAGGCCUGAAGGACUAACAUCAAUAGUGAGAGAUGGUUUGGAGGUGUCCGGAUGCUCAGAGCGAGUCCACGUGCAGCAAGCAGAGAAGCUGCCAGGGGCCACCGUUUCUGAGACCAGGCUCAGAGGCUCUUCCGUGGCCAGCUCUGUGGCCAGUGAGCCAAGGAGCAGGAGCAGCUCACUCAACUCCACCGACAGUGGCUCUGGGCUCCUGCCCCCUGGGCUCCAGGCCGCCGCUGAGCUGGGCAAGGGCAGCCAGCCCCCCUCGCAGAGGUUCAACGCCAUCAGCUCGGAGGACUUUGACCAGGAGCUUGUCGUGCAGCCUGUCAAAGUGAAAAGGAAGAAGAAGAAGAAGAAGACAGAAGGUGCAGGAAGCAGGAGCACCUGUCACAGCUCCCUGGAAUCGACGCCCUGCUCCGAGUUUCCUGGGGACAGUCCCCAGUCCUUGUUGUCCAUGACCUCAAGUGUCCUGGGCAGCAGUGUGGAUCAGUUAAGUGCAGAGUCUCCAGACCAGGAAGUCGGCUUCAGUGGUGAGGUGAACGGUGUCCCGCGGGAAAAUACUGACUCCAAAACGUUUAAUAUCCUGGAGGUGCCAGAAUCUGUGCCUGAUUCACUGACUGAGGAAGAUGCCAUUAGAACGGAAAUGCCACACUGUCACCACACACAUGGGCGGGAGCUGCUCAAUGGAGUGCCAAAUUCACCCCUGCUCCCGGGAGAAGAUGUGGGAGGCAGCGAUGUCACAGGACUUGAAGAUGAGCCUUGUCCUGCAGAUGAUGGACCAAAUAGCACACAGUUACCCUUCCAAGAACUGGACAGCUCUCCUGGGGCACGUGAUGGGGAAGACAUCGAACCUACUGGCUCCCAAAGCACUUUGUGUGAAGCUCCCCUCCUGAACUCACUCACGGUGCCUUCCAGUCUCAGCUGGGCCCCAAGUGCUGAGCAGUGGCUGCUUGGGACCGGAGCUGAUGAAGGCAGUCCUGUGGAGUCCAGUCAAGAACAGGAUGUCCUAUCCAGCAUGGGGGCCUCUGGCCACCUCAGCGCAAAUCUCUGGCAUGCUGUCACUGAUGAUGACACAGAUCAGAAAGAAACACCCGUUUCUGAACGUGACUUGGGGAGUGUGGGAGGACAGUUGACUCCAGUCUCUGCCUUGGCGGCCAGCACUCAUGAGCCUUGGCUUGAGCAUCUUCCACGGGACCAGGUAUUGACGUCCAGCGAUGAGGAGGACAUCUAUGCCCAUGGGCUUCCUUCUUCAUCCUCAGAGACGAGUGUGACAGAGCUUGGACCUAGUCGCUCCCAGCAGGACCUGAGCCGGCCAGGUGCAGAUGAUGCCGGGCUGCUCAAGUCAGAUCAGUUUGCAGAAAGCUGGAUGGGCUACUCGGGUCCUGGCUAUGGCAUCCUCAGCUUGGUGGUCUCCGAGAAGUAUAUCUGGUGCCUGGACUACAAAGGCGGCCUGUUCUGCAGUGCCUUGCCGGGCGCUGGGCUGCGCUGGCAGAAGUUUGAAGAUGCUGUCCAGCAGGUGGCAGUCUCACCCUCAGGAACCCUGCUCUGGAAGAUUGAACAGAAAUCUAACCGGGCUUUUGCUUGUGGGAAAGUCAGCAUCAAGGGGAAGCGGCACUGGUAUGAAGCCCUGCCCCAGGCGGUGUUUGUGGCCCUGAGCGAUGACACGGCCUGGAUCAUCAGGACGAGCGGGGACCUGUACCUGCAGACAGCUCUCAGCGUGGAUCGCCCCUGUGCCAGAGCCAUGAAGGUGGACUGUCCCUACCCACUGUCCCAGAUCACAGCCCGGGACAACGUGGUGUGGGCGCUGACGGAGCAGAGGGCCCUCCUGUACCGGGAGGGCGUGAGCAGCUUCUGUCCAGAAGGCGAGCAGUGGAAGUGUGACAUUGUCAGCGAAAGGCAAGCUUUAGAACCCGUCUGCAUAACGCUUGGGGAUCAGCAGACUCUCUGGGCCCUGGACAUCCGUGGGAACCUGUGGUUCAGAACUGGCAUUGUUUCCAAGAAGCCACAAGGAGAUGACGACCACUGGUGGCAAGUGAGCAUCACAGACUAUGUGGUGUUUGACCAGUGCAGCUUAUUUCAGACAAUAAUCCACGCCACUCACUCGGUGGCCACAGCAGCCCAAGCCCCCGUAGAAAAGGUGGCAGAUAAGCUGCGCAUGGCAUUUUGGUCCCAGCAGCUUCAGUGCCAGCCAAGCCUUCUCGGGGUCAAUAACAGCGGCGUCUGGAUCUCCUCGGGCAAGAAUGAAUUCCACGUGGCUAAGGGAAGUCUCAUUGGCACUUACUGGCAUCAUAUUGUUCCCCGUGGGACAGCUUCUGCCACAAAAUGGGCCUUUGUGUUGGCUUCUGCGGCUCCCACAAAGGAAGGGAGCUCCCUGUGGUUGUGCCAGAGCAGCAAGGACCUGUGCAGCGUCAGCGCCCAGAGUGCACAGUCACGGCCCUCCACGGUGCAGCUGCCUCCCGACGCCGAGAUGCGCGCAUACGCCGCCUGCCAGGAUGCACUGUGGGCGCUGGAUAGCCUCGGCCAGGUGUUCAUCAGGACGCUCUCCAAGAGCUGCCCCACGGGCAUGCACUGGACCAGGCUGGACCUCUCCCAGCUAGGAGCUGUAAAGUUGACAAGCUUGGCAUGUGGAAAUCAGCACAUCUGGGCCUGUGAUUCCAGGGGUGGAGUCUACUUCCGUGUGGGGACUCAGCCUCUCAAUCCCAGUCUCAUGCUUCCAGCCUGGAUAAUGAUUGAGCCACCUGUCCAGGUAAGCAGAAGUUAGCUGGUGGGAACUCACUCCACAGUAAGACAGAAACUGUGAGGAUGCUGGGACUGGGAAAAAGGAUCCCCACAGCCUCUAGAGGCUUCCCAGCAAAUGCCAGGAGCCAUGUCCCCAGGGUCUCCACACUCUUGCUCACAGACAUCACAGUUGGAAUUUGGUAUUUGUGAAGUUUAGAGCUGAACAGAUUAGGAAUCAACACAUAUUUUUUCUCUUUCAAAAUAAAAGUAUUUUGUUUCUGACUUUUUACUAAGUGAAUAUUAGUUUUUAAAUCUGUCUAUAUAUAUUGGAACCUCUAUUUUAUAAUAAUAAUAGUGAUAAUAAAUCAGUACCCAAAAGUAUAAAGAAGAAAGUAAAAGUCACUU